AGUGCUGAACUCGCUUGGUAGCGGACACGUUUUGCUGCUGCGGUUAGUGGUUGAGGAACCUCCAAGCGUCAUCCCUUGAAAGAAAAUUGGUAAGAAGUGAGAGUGAUCGUCGUUGUAUCUCCUACGGUGUAAGGACUAGGCUUAAUCUCCGCAGGGAAAGAAGCGUUGUUCUGUUCUGAAGAAGAUCCUGGACUUGAUCUGCGCUCGCUGCGAAGUUCGUUACUCAGUGCGGACGCUGUGGUCGAAGUGACUGGACGUGGUUGCGUGGAUCGUGUGUAAAUGCCGGUGAAUUAAGCAUUGGAAAAGAACGGACACCUAUCCGACGGACAACUAUACGGCUGUGCUAAGUGGUUAAGCUAUCAAUCAUUCUCCGGGGUGUGUUGUAUUAUGCGGAGAGAGUCUAGAUUACUGUCUGGAAUCUGGCACUUUGAUAUGGAUAUUUUUUUCUGCCUAGGAGAGACUGUACCGCGCCGCUAGCUGUAGUAUCGCGCGUAAGGGAUGUGAUUCUGUUUUAUCGGCAGCGUGACUAAGACGCAACUGACUGGAAAGCAUGUGUGUAUAGUCUGGUGAUUUGCGAACGGAGUGCUUUGAAAUUCAACGCAGAAAAGUGGAUUGCCGUUGUGUGUUGUGCCGAUUAGUCGAUUAGUGGUUGGGAAUUGAAUAUUGGCCGUGGCUCAGCAGCAGAUUACUUACUUACAUGGCGUAAAGGUCCCCGUUUGAUGAAGCUAUCAAAUCGCGAUACUUCUUGACGAGUCAAUAAACGAUCGACCGUCGUUGAACUUGCGGCACCGUUGCUGCACCGUGGAAGGAAGAAAUCGCGAGAGACUCUUUGAAAACAGGCAUCAGCUGCUCAGAGGUCGGGCUGGAGUUCGCGUGCGAGACACGUCGAAAAUCAAAUAAAUAAAUUUAUUAUCAAAUCAGGUCAAUUUGUGUUCCGAAGAAGCAUAUUGCGUAGAGUGAGGGUGCGAGCGGUUGGAGCCGGAGUCUGCGGUGGUUUACCGUGCGUCGUCGAUCUGUAGAUGUGUUCAUAAAGUAUUACUAUCUUCUAGUGUUUGCGAAGAAUGUGAGCAUACGAAGAACGCAUCAAUUCAAGGGUGGAAAAAGCGAGAACUGCGGCCCUAAUAAGCAGUAGCAAAACUACAUCAUCAACGCGAGUGCCGUAUUACAAACCGCGCGAAAGUGCACUGCCACGACUCUGAUCGUUACGGAGAAGAAGAACCCAGCAGUGAGGACCCGUGCAUUCAUACACAUUUUUGCGAUUACCAAACAACAGCGAUAGUAAAAAGUGCAGCGGGGGUAAGCAGGAAUUGUUCUAAGAUCUGAUGAUAGAGCAAUAAAUCAAACCAAAACUGUCAGCAGGAAUUAGAUUUUCGAACCGCGCCCGGUGCCGGUUCGCCCGUCUGAGCUGAAUUGGUGCGCGAUAGCCGGUGAAGAACUGAGAAGCCGCCGCGCCGCUGAGUGUUUUGUAGGUUGCCGGCAAAUUGGCAAUUGGACAUAAAUUACAUCACAUAGCACGGUAGUGUAAGUGGCGAACGGUUGUAUAGCGUCGGCGUCAGGAUGAAGCUUGCUGUGGCCUGUCUGAUAACGCUGGUGCUGCAGGUGGCCCUCGCGAUUCCACCAAAAUCGGAACCUACGAUCUCGGAAUGUACCGCAAAGGGUGGAGAGUGCGAUGAAAGCAAAGGCCGGCCGGUCUGCGGCACGGACAAUCAGACCUACCCGACGCGAUGCCACCUGAUAAGGGCGCAGUGUAGCGGUCAUCAGGUCAGCCUGAAACAUCGGGGGACAUGCAAAGACGUUUGCCACGCGUCCCGUACGUAUGCUCUUCAGCAUAGGUCCAGCUCGCCGUACGGGGUCAAAUUUGUGCCGCGCUGCCGGGAGGACGGAACAUACGCCCCGGUGCAGUGCCUGGAGAGUGUCGGCUGCUGGUGCGUCAACGGCCAAGGCAAACCACUGCCCAAUACGACGGUCCAGCACGGGAAACCGGUUUGCGUGAAGAAGGGCAAAUCCAACCAGCGGCGAUCCUCUCCACGAAAUCCGGUUAGAAACAAACGCAGCUGUUCUCGCAUGGACAGGGCCGUCUUCAACCGUAAUCUGCUGAAGCUGUUCGAGAACGAACACAUUCGGGUGCAGCAGAACGUGAAGGGAGGAUUAACGUCGGCCGCCGUCAGCGAGAAAACCGUCCUGGAUUGGAAGUUCGCCUCCAUCGAUGGGAACCGGAAUGGCAUGCUGGACAAACCUGAGUACCGGGAGCUGAAGCGACUUAUCAAGAAGGUCGUGAAACCGAAACGAUGUGGUAGAUCUUUCGGUAAGAGUUGUGAUGCCGAUCAGGACGAGCGAUUGUCGCGGCUGGAGUGGGCCAACUGUUUUUCCAAGGAUAAUUUAACACCCGAGAUGGAGCACAACUAUCACAACCACCACCCAUCAUCACAAUCAUCACCAUCAUAUGCCGCUGGAUCGUCGCAUCAAAACCACCACCAACAGCAGCAGCAACAACACCAGCACCAACACAUUAUGGGUGGCGGCGGCGGCGGCAACGGUGGUGGCACAUUAAUCGGUGUCGGUGGCUCCUCCCAUUCUUCCUCUAGCUCUAGCACUAGCUUCCUCCGGUACGAUGAGUCACAGCAGAAUAGCUCCAAUGAUUACACUGAUUUUGACGAUGAAGAUGAUUACUCAGAAAAUGACGACGAUUCGGACGAAUUGCCCGAUAGUGAUAAUACGCUACUGAACGGACUGCACUUUAGCUUAGCCGGCAAGCGGCUGCAGCCCAAUCUGUUGCUACAAGGAAAAACAACGCUAGAUCUGAAGGGCGACCAAGAUCCCAUCUUCAAGGACAGCGAAGCCGAAUCGGACUGCUUGAGUGAUCGUACCGCCGCACUGGAAGAACAGCGGAGCGGAGCAACCGCACUAUACGUCCCGGAGUGUACCGCAGAUGGACGUUACCAGCGGGUUCAGUGCUAUCUUUCGACCGGGUACUGCUGGUGCGUUCACGAAGACACGGGAAAGAACAUUCCCGGAACGUCGACCAAGGAUAAACGGCCGCAGUGUGAUGUGUACCCGGGCGUAGGAGGACGACAGAUGCGAGGUUGUCCGGAUGACAAGAAGCAAGACUUCUUGAAGGAUUUAAGGGACUUUUUGAAGCAGCAAAUUGCGGGCAAUUCGGUUACGGCGGCGGACAACACUAAAUGGGGAACCGAGGACGAGAAAAUUGCAACGCUCAGCUUUGUGCUUCUGGAUAAGAACAAAAACAAAGUGUGGGAACGGAAAGAGUGGAAAACAUUCCGAGAGCUUGUCACUGAAACAAGACAACUUCGAAAAUGUGGCAAGAAAAUGCCUCGUUAUUGUGACGUGAAUAACGAUCGCAAAAUUACACUAUCCGAGUGGUUGAAUUGCUUGCAAACUGAGCGGACGCCCUACGUGGAAGGUGGCUCAGCCGUCAAAGCAUCCUCCCUGAUUUCCUCCAGCAGUUCUGCUGGGGGCGGUGGCGUAGGCGGGAUGGGCCAUUCCGAAAGUGGUUGGAGGCCAUCGUUGUCGGCGUCGUCCACUUCGAAAUUUCGAGGUCCUAACCCGCUAGAAUCGGUGCUAAAAAGUGAUUGAAACUGCAGUUGAUCAACCAUAUCGAACAUGAACAAACACCUACAUACCAACCACAUACACAUACAUCCACAUACAUACAUAUUUACGAAUGAGACUUAAAGUAAUUAUGUCAACGUUUGGACGUUGACAAUGGAGUUUUCCGGAUGCAUGGAGCUACUCGCCCCAGACGAACGGUCAUAACACUGUACAGCUUAUCAUAAGAUUAUAAGUUGGGCGCCAUUCUGGUUUAUAUAGAUUCAUCAUCUCGUUACUGGUUUUUAAAUUUAUGAUUAUUUGGAUGCCCAUAUUUAAAAGUAAAAAUUUACAGUCAUAAAUUCAAAUUUAAUUAUAUUUUGAAAUAGGCAAAAUACAUAUGUACUGUUAUAGCCGUUCGUAGACAGAGUACCUAUGUUGAGGAGGGAUGCUUCCGCAAAAAAAUACGACAAAUAGUGCCAUUUUAUACACAGCAAUAUGACAACAACAAUCUGUUUGCGCUGACCUUCAAACCAGUUUGGAAACAAACGGAGCCGAUUACAUUUAUUACAAGCAUAACAAUUAUUUAAUAACACAACUAUGUACCGGUGUACCAGUGAUAUUUUCGCACUUUAUAUCGCAAUCUCUCUUAAGAAAACAGCAGAGAACUGCAAAUAUAUUUUAUUUCAACGUUCUGAUGAAUGCACGAAGAGUAGAGAGAGAAUACGGAUUUACGAUUGUUUUAUUUAGUGUUUAAGUUCAGCCGUGACAUACGAGAAGGGUAGCCUAGGGUAGAGGUUUGUGGUAGUGAUCGAAAGUGACAAUUUCCGAAUUAAAUCAGUAUUAAAAUCGCAAAAUCGCUUUUGUACGUAUUACCAAACACACUCAUUUAUAGAAAGGAUUUUCGAUAGAGAAAUUAAACUGUUUGGGCUUAAUUGUUAUUGAAUCAAAAUAAAUUGAAUGCUUGAAGAAGAAUGGAAAAGUGUUUGAAGAAAUGAAACUCGAAAAGUGCGUGUGAUAUAUGUUAUUUAAUUUAAACUCAACGUUAUUUUUUAGUUUCCUGCGCAAAACCGAAUCUAUAAGUAUAUCGCAUAGUUAUUUUUUAAUAAAACUUUUAGAAGUAAGUUUUUGUUUGCUGAAAAUUAUAAAUCAAACUAUGCAAUCAGAAUCGACUUUGUGUAAGAAAAUGCUUUUUGCCUACUUAUUUAUACGGAUUGUAUGGUGAGGAAAUACUAUAAUUGCUAUCGUUCCUGUGGUGCAAUAGGAGCAAUAAAUGAACAGAAGUCUGUAGAGAAUUACCAUGAAUGAAUUUGAAAAUGAGAA